UUUAUAUGUAAACACAAUAUAAUCAUACUAAUAAUAAUACUGUUUGCUUCUUCGUCUUUUAACCCUUCACUUGUCACUUCACUCCUCUGCAACAAUCUCUCUCUCUCUCUCUCUCUCUCUCUCUCUCUCUCACACACACACACACACCCAGAUCCAGAAAACAAUUGUCAAGUUUUGAGCUUGGUGUUCACUGGGUACGUUAAGAAACGAAAGUCUAAACUUUAGUGAGUGGAAGCUUCUAUUUCGGCAAGUUUACUGAAUUUUCCCGAAUGAUUGAUUAUGCUGAUGUGAUUAGAUUGUUGGAGAGCGUAAGUGCUAAGGAUUAUCAGAAUCAGAGACUGAGGAGGACUCUCUUAAUUAUUGUAGAAUGCUUUCUUUUCCCAAUUAGUUGAGGUUCUGAAAUCAGAAUAAGAUAAAUGGAAGAAAUACAGUCCCAAUCAGAUAAUUAUAGGUCUUCAUCAUCAUCAGCAAGUAGUCCUGCAAGCAGGGUGCCAUCUAGUAACUUUUUCUACUUACGAAGACCUGGUUCACUUAGACAACCAAUUUCAUUUGAGGAUUCACCAGAUUGGGAGGAAACAAAUGUUGAUUUUAGAGUGGAGGAAGGAGGUGACUCUAUCAAUGCUGCGACCACCCCAAGAUCACCAUCUCUUUCUAAGCUUAAUAGUCGGUCCUUGCCAUCUCCACCAUUACCUGAGGGUGGAGCUGUUAUGAGGAAGAUUGCAGGGGCUUCGGUUGUCUGGAAAGACCUGACUGUUACCAUAAAAGGGAAAAGGAAGUAUUCUGACAAGGUUGUAAAAAGUUCAAAUGGCUAUGCAUUGCCAGGAACAAUGACAGUUAUAAUGGGUCCUGCUAAAUCAGGGAAAUCCACACUGUUAAGGGCAAUUGCAGGGAGAUUGCAUCAUCCGGCGAAAGUAUAUGGUGAAGUGUUUGUGAAUGGGGCAAAGUCGCACAUGCCUUAUGGAUCAUAUGGAUUUGUUGAGAGGGAAACUACUCUGAUUGAAUCACUCACUGUCCGGGAGUUCCUGUACUAUUCAGCACUGCUCCAACUUCCUGGUUUCUUCUGUCAGAAGAAAAGUAUAGUAGAGGAUGCUAUACAUGCUAUGUCAUUAGGUGAUUACGGCAACAAAUUGAUCGGUGGCCAAUGUUAUAUGAAGGGCCUUCCUGCUGGUGAGAGAAGGCGCGUUAGCAUUGCUCGUGAACUUGUGAUGAGGCCGCAUAUAGUAUUUAUAGAUGAGCCUCUUUAUCAUCUUGAUAGUGUCUCUGCCCUCUUGAUGAUGGUUACCUUGAAGAAACUUGCGAGUACAGGAUGCACACUUGUAUUCACUAUUUACCAGAGCAGCACAGAGGUGUUUGGCCUCUUUGAUCGGAUCUGUCUGCUUUCAAAUGGAAACACCCUAUUUUUUGGGGAAACAUUGGCAUGCUUGCAGCACUUUUCAAACGCUGGAUUUCCAUGCCCAAUCAUGCAAAGUCCUUCAGAUCACUUUUUACGAGCCAUAAAUACAGAUUUUGAUAGGAUCAUUGUAAUGUGCAAAAAUUGGCAGGAUGACCAUGGGGAUUUUUCGUCGGUGAAUAUGGAUACUGCUGUUGCAAUUCGCACUCUUGAGGCAACUUAUAAAUCAUCUGCAGAUGCUGCUGCUGUUGAAACAUUGAUGCUAAAACUCACAGAGAAGGAAGGCCCACUUCUCAAAUCCAAGGGAAAGGCUGGCUGUGCUACCCAAAUUGCCGUGCUUACGUGGAGAUCUUUGUUAAUUAUGUCAAGGGAAUGGAAAUACUAUUGGCUUCGUCUCAUUCUAUACAUGCUUCUUACACUCUGUAUUGGCACUCUAUUCUCUGGCUUAGGGCAUUCUUUAUCUUCAGUUGUGGUAAGUUUCUUCAAACUGUUCUAAGUGGCCGGUAGUGCAACAUUUCUGGU